AUGCCCAUUGCCGCCGUCGCGCAAAAGUUUGGCAUCUGUGCGACUUUGCUCAAGAAGAUCUGUCGCCGACACGGGAUCCAGCGGUGGCCCCACCGUCAGAUCCGGAGCUUGCAACGGAGCAUCGGCGUGUUGCGCGAGGCGCUACGCGACGCCAAAGGAGCGGCCAAUCGCGCCGCACACAUUGCCUCGAAGAUUGCAACGUUCGAGACGGCGCUCGAGCGUCUUUUGCACGAGCCAACAGCAGUCGCCACAGGUCUCUCGAGAGAGGAUACACUGGUCCCGUCAUGGGCGACAAGAGGGCGAGACGCGCGCACAGCGUGUCGCAGACCUCUUCGAGGCACGCUGACCAGUGAAACACAAACAGCUGUUUCUGAGGUCGCAGAGAGUCGCAUGGCGACGACCACAGCCAGCGCUUCCAUGUCGCUGCAGUCGAUUUUGUGGUAG